AUGUCUCAGCCCACUGCUAUAAUACAGGGUAACCAGGACUUCAUUGAUAUCGAAGAUGACACUGAAAUAUUCCCCAUGGAAGAAGAACAUCAGGUUGAGAUCCAUAAGACAACCUUUGCGUACUUCGCCGGGGACCUAACAAGCGCAGCGCUUUUUGUGGAAGUUCAAGGGCAGCUUUCACGACUUGAGCUCAUAAAUGUUCCUAAAGACAGUCUGGGACGUCUGGAAGAUGUGCUUCGAAAGAAACACUUUCGUACUGCUGAUCUGGUCGCUUGUUUGUCUUCAUAUAUGGCAAGAACCCAUAUAGUCAAGUCCCUGGUCGCUUUGGCAAUAGCCGCUAAGAUCUAUACGAAUGUCCUUGAAGCAACAGUCUCAAUGGAAGUGACUCGAAGCUCUUUAUACGCAAUGUCCUGGGUACCGCUAGGUCAGGAGCCAAUGACCCAGGUGGGCUUCGCUCCCUUUCAAAUGGACUGGGUCCAUUUAUUUGCCUGUAUUAUUCAGUUCGAACUGGGCCCCCAGUCCGUGAACCUCGCAGAUUUCGAGAGAGUGAUGGCUGUGUCCGUUGGAGACUAG